UUGGGAUGGGAUGCAGACAGCAAAGAACCCUUUCUGUAGUUUCUUGGUCGUAUGGUGGAGAGCGUGCGUUUUAUAUUAAGACCAUGGACAGCACCACGGUCGCAGGUACACCUUGGAGCUUCGACCCGACUUUUAACUCUACUUCUCCGGGCUUCAAAUCUAGUACUGUGGCGCCCACGAUUUUUCCACGGGCAGGCUACAGCAUCCUCUCCUAUCUUAUGUUCAUCAAUGCAAUUUUCUCUGUUUUUAACAAUACUCUGGUAAUAACGGUGUUGGUGAAGAAUCGUACUCUUCUCAACCCAAUGAAUGUGAUCAUCCUCAGUUUAGCCGUGUCCGAUUUGAUGAUAGCCUUGUGCGGUUCGUCGAUAGUCACCAUUACCAACUAUCAUGGUUCAUUCUUUCUCGGCGACGAGUUCUGCAUCUUUCAAGGAUUUGCUGUCAACUAUUUCGGUCUGGUGUCUAUGUGCACGUUGACACUGCUGGCGUACGAGCGCUACAACGUGGUGUGUAAGCCCAUGGCAGGUUUCAAGAUGAACGUGCGUCGGAGCUUUCAGGGGCUCCUGGGGGUCUGGCUGUUCUGUUUGUUCUGGGCCGUGCCCCCACUGCUGGGCUGGAGCUCCUACGGACCCGAGGGCGUCCAGACCUCCUGCUCUCUGGGCUGGGAGGAGAGGUCCUGGAGUAACUACAGUUACCUGAUCCUUUACACGCUGUUCUGCUUCCUCCUGCCUGUCGCAAUCAUCAUCUACUGUUACGCCAAGGUCCUCACCUCCAUGAGACAGCUAAACCGUAGUACGGAGUUGCAGGGUGGUCGCCCCUGUCUGCAGGACAACGAGCGGGCGGUAAGGAUAGUGCUGGCCAUGAUCGGGGCCUUCUUUGUCUGCUGGCUGCCCUACACAGCCCUGUCCGUGGUGGUUGUGGUGGACCCAGAGCUCCACAUCCCUCCGCUGGUGGCUACCAUGCCUAUGUACUUCGCCAAGACCAGUCCCGUCUACAACCCCAUCAUCUACUUCCUAAGCAACAAGCAGUUCCGUAAUGCCACUCUGGAAGUCCUCUCCUGUGGGCGUUACAUUCCCCACGACCCGGCCCCCGACACCGUCCCCAUGCGCUCCAUGACCCUGAGGACCACGGUGGGCAGAAGGGUGGGCAGAAAAAAACAAGGAAUCAGUGCACACAGCAGGGUGCUUCCUCUGUGACUCCUCUCUCCUCCAUCUCCUCUCUCCUCCAUCUCCAUCUCCUCUCUCCUCCAACUCCAUCUCAUCUCAUCUCUCCUCCAUCUCCUAUCUCCAUCUCCUCUCUCCUCCAUCUCCAUCUCCUCUCUCCUCCAUCUCUCUCCCCCAUCUCCAUCUCCUCUCUCCUCCAUCUUCUCUCUCCUCCAUCUCUCUCCUCCAUCUCCUCCGUCUCUCCUCCAUCUCCUCUCUUCUCCAUCUCUCUCCUCCAUCUCCUCCUCUCUCCAUCUCUUCCAUCUCCUCCAUAUCUCUCCUCCAUCUCCUCCUCUCUCCAUCUCCUCCUCUCUCCAUCUCCUCCAUAUCUCUCCUCCAUCUCCUCC